UAACUCGAAAAGCCAGCAAACCAAAUAAUAAGUUGAACGAUCCCUCGGCACUUCAUUGGAUCUGAUCUGCCAAUGCCCAACUCGAGAGGGAUGGGAAUCGGCGGUCUCGUCCUCGUCGGCCUUCUUUUCGCCGUCCUUCCCCUACCAUCUGCGGCAGAUGAGAUUCAUGGCUGCGGCGGGUUCGUAGAGGCGAGCUCGUCGUUGAUCAAAUCAAGGAAGGCUUCGGACACGAAGUUGGAUUAUUCACAGAUAAGGGUUGAACUUUGCACACUUGAUGGGUUGGUAAAGGAGUGGACUCAGUGUGCGCCAAAUGGUUACUACUUUAUCCCAGUUUAUGACAAGGGGUCAUUUCUUCUCCGAGUAAAGGGACCUGAUGGAUGGUCAUUGAAACCUGACAAUGUUCCUGUCACAGUUAACCAAGAUGGCUGUAACUCAAAUAUAGAUAUCAAUUUCAUUUUCACAGGGUUUUCACUAUCAGGAAGGGUUAAAGGCGCUGUCGGUGGUGAAAGCUGUUCUAUGAAAGAUGGUGGACCAUCUGAUAUAAAAGUCGACCUCUUAUCAUUAUCAGAUGAAUCUAUUGCUUCUUCUUUGACAUCAGAAUCAGGACUUUAUUCAUUUACCAAUAUCCUUCCAGGAAAGUAUAAAUUAGGUGCUUCACAUCCAAAUUUAGAAGUUGAAGUUAGAGGCACGCCAGAGGUGAAUUUAGGCUUUGGAAAUGCUGUGGUAGAUGAUGUCUUCUUGGUACAUGGGUAUGAUCUUCAUGGUUUUGUGGUUGCACAGGGAAAUCCAAUUGUGGGUGUUCAUAUCUUUUUAUAUUCAGCUGAUGUAGUGGACGUGUAUUGUCCACAAGGUCCCGGUAAUGGACCUGGGCAAGGAACUGCUCUUUGCCAUGCCAUUUCUGAUGCAGAAGGGAAAUUUGUCUUCAAAUCUUUACCUUGUGGUAACUUUAUUGUUUGGUGGAUAUGAUUUAUCUAUUUUUAU